AAGGAUGCUGAGAAACAAAGUGAGGGGGUUGCCAUCACCAUAGAUGAUGAAGUGGUGAUUGUUGAUGAGAAGACCAAUGACGAGAUCUUGGAAAAGAUAGUGGAAGCCAAAGGAAAAGGAAAGGUUGGAGAAGAGAAGAAAACAGUUAAAGAUGGUGAAGUUGUCACUCCUGCAAGUGAAAGUUCUUUUGUUCCUCCUGCCUAUGAACCUAAGCUUCCAUUCCCAGGUCGAUUCAAGAGGCAGUUGCUAGAGAAGUACAAAGCUCUGUUUGACAAGCAAAUGAGUGAAGUCCAGGUCACAAUGCCCAUUAUUGAUGCUUUCAUGCUGAUUCCUCAGUACAGUAAGUUCCUAAAAGAUGCUGUAGCUGCAAAGAAGAAAGAGAUGGAGGGCAUGGUGAUUCUCACUCAUGAGUGCAGUGCUAUCAUUCAGAGGCUGGUCAUACCAAAGAAGCUAGAAGAUCCAGGAUGCUUCACAUUACCUUGUGCUCUUGGGCCUAUGGUAUUCGAUAGGUGUCUCUGCGAUUUGGGAGCUAGUGUCAGCUUGAUGCCCCUAUCUGUUGCUAAGAAGCUCGGUUUCACUCAGUACAAGAAGUGUAGACUUUCUCUGGUAUUGGCUGAUCGUUCAGUUAAGUACCCUGUGGGUAUCUUAGAGGACCUCCCAGUGAUGGUUGGAAAUUAUGAGAUCCCUACAGACUUUGUAGUGCUUGAAAUGGGUGAAGAAGCUCAAGACCCUUUAAUCCUUGGAAGGCCUUUCUUAGCCACAGCUGGAGCCAUUGUUAAUGUGAAAGAAGGCAAGAUUGAUCUCCAUCUGGGUAAAGGGCACGUUCUCCAUUUCGACAUCAAGGAGGUAAUGAGGAGGCCAACAGUUCAAGGGCAGGUGUUCUACAUUGAAGAGAUGGACGCCCUUGCUGAUGAAAUCCUUGAAGAGUUGUCACUAGAGGACCCUCUACAGCAUGCUUUGACUGUAGAGAAAGAGGCUGAGGUGGUUGAGAACCUGGAGAGUACUGCCUAUGGGAUGAUGCUGGAUUCACACCAGGGGUUUUUCAGUGAGGAUCAGUACGAGGAGCUUCCCCAGAUGGUUCACCAAGAAGUCUCAGUCACUCAACAAGAGGACAACCAGCAAGAUGACUGGAGUGAACUUAAGGCACCUAAAGUGGAGCUUAAACCUCUUCCCCAUGGUGUAAGGUAUGCAUUUCUUGGUCCUAAUGAAACUUACCCUGUCAUUGUGAGUAGUGAACUUACUGAAAGUGAGCUAUCUGAACUUUUGAGAACACUUAAAAGAUUUAGAAAGGCAAUAGGUUACUCACUAGAUGACAUCAAGGGGAUAUCACCCUCUCUGUGCAUGCAUAGGAUACAUCUUGAGGAUGAAUCAAUGACUUCUAUCGAGCAUCAAAGAAGGUUAAAUCCUAACCUGAAGGAUGUUGUAAAGAAAGAGAUUCUUAAACUCCUAGAUGCUGGUGUUAUUUACCCUAUCUCAGAUUCUAAAUGGGUAUCACCUGUGCAUGUUGUACCAAAGAAAGGUGGUAUCACUGUGAUUAAGAAUGACAAGGAUGAAUUGAUACCAACAAGAACCAUCACAUGUCAUAGAAUGUGCAUUGAUUACCGAAAACUAAACUCUGCAUCUAGAAAGGAUCAUUUUCCAUUACCAUUUAUUGAUCAGAUGCUUGAGAGACUUGCAAAUCACCCAUUCUAUUGUUUCCUUGAUGGGUAUUCAGGAUUUUUCCAAAUCCCCAUACAUCCCAAUGAUCAAGAGAAAACGACAUUCACAUGUCCAUAUGGUACCUUUGCAUAUCGAAGGAUGCCAUUUGGUCUAUGUAAUGCUCCAGCCACCUUUCAAAGGUGCAUGAUGUCAAUUUUCUCUGAUCUGAUUGAGGAUGUUGUGGAGGUAUUUAUGGAUGAUUUCUCUGUCUAUGGAUCUUCGUUUUCUGCUUGUUUGUCAAAUUUGUGCAGGGUCCUACAGAGAUGUGAAGACACCAACCUUGUGCUGAAUUGGGAGAAGUGUCACUUCAUGGUCAAGGAAGGGAUUGUGCUAGGACACAAGAUUUCAGAGAAGGGGAUUGAGGUGGAUAAAGCCAAAAUCGAUGUUAUGGUUGGUCUGCCUCCACCAAAGACAGUGAAAGACAUCCGGAGUUUUCUUGGCCAUGCUGGAUUCUACAGGAGGUUCAUCAAGGAUUUCUCCUUGAUAACUAGACCUUUGACCAGGCUGCUGUGCAAGGAAGCUACCUUCAGUUUUGAUGUGGAAUGCCUACAAGCUUUCAAGAAGCUAAAAGGUGAACUCGUUAGUGCCCCAAUUGUCCAGCCACCUGAUUGGGAUUUUCCUUUUGAGAUCAUGUGUGACGCCAGUGACUAUGCUGUGGGAGCUGUUUUGGGGCAGAAGAAAGAUGGCAAAACCCAUGUGAUCUACUAUGCCAGCCAAACCCUCAAUGAUGCUCAGAUGAGGUAUGCCACAACAGAGAAAGAGAUGCUGGCAAUUGUUUUUGCCUUUGAGAAGUUCAGGAGCUACUUGGUUGGGUCUAAAGUCAUUGUCUACACCGAUCAUGCUGCCUUGAGACACCUUUUGGCCAAGAAGGAUGCAAAACCCAGGCUUUUGAGGUGGAUCCUUUUGCUCCAAGAGUUUGAUAUGGAAAUCAAAGACAAACCCGGAGUUGAGAAUGGAGUAGCUGAUCAUUUGUCCAGGUUGAGGGUAGAGUCUGGUAUCCCUAUUGACGAAGGACUUCCUGAGGAGCAGAUCAUGGCUAUCGAAGCAGUGAUAGCAGUCUGUGAGACUGGUAGGAAGCUGGAAGAAGUCCAAGCAACAGAGGAGAAAGAACCUUGGUAUGCCGAUUUAGUGAACUACCUAGCCACAGGAAAAGAACCUCUGAAUCUUGUGGGCUAUGCCAAGAAGAAGUUCUAUAAGGAUGUGAAAAGAUACUACUGGGAUGAGCCCUACCUCUACAUUCUCUGCAAGGAUCAGCUUUAUAGGAGAGUGGUUGCAAAUGAGGAGAUUGAUGGGAUCCUUGCACAGUGUCAUGGAUCAUCCUAUGGAGGUCACUUUGCCACCUUCAAAACAGUUGCAAAAGUAUUACAAGCUGGAUUCUGGUGGCCACAUAUGUUCAAGGAUACACAAGACUUUGUUUCGAAGUGUGAUUCUUGCCAAAGAAGAGGAAACAUCACCAGGACGCAGAGGACUGUGCGACAGCAGACGUUGGCUGCAAGGAAAUCGAAAGAACACGAGAAGAGGGCAGGGAAAAGUGUACCAGUUCCCACCCAUGAAGGAGGUGAAACUGAGAGUGAAGAUGAGCCGGCACCUACGAAGAAAGCCAAGAUGUCAAAGGGCAAAGGGGUUGCUGUUGAUCGAGACAGAGCAAAAACUCCAUCUGUGGAGGAGCUAUAUGAUCAUUUGAAGAAUGGAGUCACUUGGGCUCCAACCAGGUUUGCCGACCUCGAUUUGCUGAAGGAGUUGGGUCUAGAGUCUGAUAUUGAGGAUGUCACUUGUCAGUUCCUAUCCUCUCUUGUGGUCACUUACCACGACACGGCGCAUGUGAGACAAGGAUGGGGAAAAAUCAGGUUCAAGGUCAAUGGAAGAGAAUACAACAUGAACUUCAAGGACAUUGGGAGGGUCAUGGGGUUCCAAGACCUAGAAGACCACUCACUUCCCAAGUGUGAGAACCUCCCCACAGAGCUCUGGAAGUUGAUCACUGGAAACAAGCACUCUACCGGGGCGGACAAGAACUCACACAUCCGACACCCGUCUGUACGCUACCUCCACAGAUUGCUAGUCCAUGCUUUUUACCCACGGAAGCAAGCUGGUACGACACAUCUGAGCAUAUCUAUGGACCUCCGCGCUACUACUUCAAGCCCCAUGACGGAGUCCUUCCCCCUGGAGCUCUCCGUGAUGCUCAUGACCACAUUGGUCGUCUCCAGAGGUGGAACAAAGCUCAGGACAGAACGAUAG